CUCGCGCGUCCGGCCUGGGCCGCCGGCCCGGCGCGGGCGCCAUGAAGCUGCUGCGGCGCGCGUGGCGGCGGCGGGCGGCGCUAGGCCUGGGCGCGCUGGCGCUGUGCGGGGCGGCGCUGCUCUACCUGGCGCGCUGCGCGGACAAGCCCGGGGGCCCCAGGGCGGUGUCGGGCCGCAGCCCGCCUUCCCCCGCGCCCGCGCGCGCCGCCGCCUUCCUGGCCGUGCUGGUGGCCAGCGCGCCCCGCGCCGCCGAGCGCCGCAGCGUGAUCCGCAGCACGUGGCUUGCGCGGCGCGGGGCCCCGGGCGACGUGUGGGCGCGCUUCGCCGUGGGCACGGCCGGCCUGGGCGCGGAGGAGCGGCGCGCCCUGGAGCGGGAGCAGGCGCGGCACGGGGACCUGCUGCUGCUGCCCGCGCUGCGCGACGCCUACGAAAACCUCACAGCCAAGGUGUUGGCCAUGCUGGCCUGGCUGGACGAGCACGUGGCCUUCGAGUUCGUGCUCAAGGCGGACGACGACUCCUUCGCGCGGCUGGACGCGCUGCUGGCGGAGCUGAGCGCCCGCGACCCCGCGCGCCGCCGCCGCCUCUACUGGGGCUUCUUCUCGGGCCGCGGCCGCGUCAAGCCGGGGGGGCGCUGGCGCGAGGCCGCCUGGCAACUCUGCGACUACUACCUGCCCUACGCGCUGGGCGGCGGCUACGUGCUCUCAGCCGACCUGGUGCGCUACCUGCGCCUCAGCCGCGACUACCUGCGCGCCUGGCACAGCGAGGACGUGUCUCUGGGCGCCUGGCUGGCGCCGGUGGACGUGCAGCGGGAGCACGACCCGCGCUUCGACACCGAGUACCGGUCCCGCGGCUGCAGCAACCAGUACCUGGUGACGCACAAGCAGAGCCUGGAGGACAUGCUGGAGAAGCACGCGACGCUGGCGCGCGAGGGCCGCCUGUGCAAGCGCGAGGUGCAGCUGCGCCUGUCCUACGUGUACGACUGGUCCGCGCCGCCCUCGCAGUGCUGCCAGAGAAGGGAGGGCAUCCCCUGAGCCGCCGCGGCCCGGCCCUCCGGGGCACCCGCUUCACCCGGCGGCGCCUUGGGGCAGGUGCCGAGCGGGCGCACCACGCUCGGGCCCCAAGGCCCCCGUCCCGCGGCCACGGCUGUGGUCGCUGCGUCCCGGCCUGCGUUUGGGAGACCCCUGGGGGUUGCCGGGGCAGCGCGCCGUGUCCGGGUGGAGGUUCCCGUUCCUGGACCUCAGCGAGCCUGAGCCGGGCCCGGCCGCACGCUGACCCCCGUGCUGUCCCCGACCGGCUCACGGGGCUGGGCUCCGAUCUUCCGUGUCUCUUAUCAGUGGCGUUUCUCAUGUAUGCGUCUCAGAUCUAACGUGGUUUCACAUCAGUUCGCUUUCAUGGGAUUUUGGUCUCUGUCCAGUGACUUCGUGGUAAAUGUAACACAGUGUUUGCUUGUGACUUAUUUAUAAAUAUUGUAAGUUUGUGUCGA